UUAAAUGUACCGUCUGUGUGCUGGUCACCAGUGUGGAAAGUGAAAGUUGUUUUCUGACUGGUCAGGAGACCAGCAGACACACUGAUGAUUGUUGCACAACUGCCCCUGGCUGCUGGUUGAAUGACCAGUUGGACAAACAGAGCAGACAAGCAGCAGGAACCUCUACAAGAAUAAAAACCUGUGACUUCACCCUACAGUGUCAGACCUGUUCUGGCUCCCAGAGUGUUCAGGACCUGGUCCAGGAUCAGCUGGUUCCUGGUCUCUCACUGUGGCACCGGAUCACCCUGCAGAUCAGUAAAACCUGGAUUUGGAGCGGACUGACGACAGUCAUGUCAGCUGGCGAGGCCUUUGUGACCCUGGUCACCACAGACUCCUACUGCCAGGGAGCCAUGGUGCUGGCCCGAAGUCUGCGACGGCACGGGACGACUCGCCACAUUGUCAUCAUGGUAACACCAAACAUAUCUGAGAAGUCAAGACUUGCCUUGGAGAACGUGUUUGACGAGGUCUUCACAGUGGACUUGAUGGACAGUAAGGACCAGGUCCACCUGUCUGUCCUGGGACGUCCUGAGCUUGGCGUCACCUACACCAAGAUCCACUGCUGGACUCUGACUCAGUACAGCAAAUGUGUCUUCUUGGACGCUGACACUCUUGUGCUGUGUAACGUGGAUGAACUGUUCCACAGAGAUGAGCUGUCAGCAGCUCCGGACCCCGGCUGGCCCGACUGCUUCAACUCUGGUGUGUUCGUCUUCAGACCGUCCCUCCUCACACACAGCCGACUCCUGGACCACGCCCUGCACCACGGCAGCUUUGAUGGAGGUGACCAGGGCCUGUUGAACUCCUUCUUCAGCAGCUGGCCAGUGGAAGACAUCAGUAAACAUCUGCCAUUCAUCUACAACCUCUGUGCCAGCACCAUCUACAGCUACCUCCCUGCUUUCCAACAGUUUGGCCACAAUGCAAAGAUAGUCCACUUUGCUGGAGCAGUGAAGCCCUGGAGCUCACAGACGGUAGACUCCAACUCAUAUGACAUGGAAAGAUUUACUUCUUUAUGGUGGAAGGAGUUCCACCAYGCAACACCACCUGCUCCAGAAACUCAGCCCUGUCCAGACAGACAGCAACAACAGAUCCAUGAACAAGAAGUUGAGAUGCCAUUUAGACAAAACCUGGAUACCUCUAAUUCACUGCUUGCACAUUUUUCUCCUCCAUCUAAGAGUCCUCCAUCUCACACUGAAGAAACAACG